GCGCGUGCGCGCAGCGUCCCACAAACCAGGAAGCGGAGCCGGGCGAGUGGAGGUCUCAGCUCAGCAUGAAAAUGAGAAUUGCAAAACUUCUAUCUGUAAGGCUUGUGCUUCUGUAUUAAAAGAUAACAUCCAUGUGCAGAGGCUAUAGAGGUGGGGGCUGCGGCAGUGACUUGAUUCUCUCAGAGGGCGUCUUCCCAACCGAGGGAUCAAACCCGGCUCUCCAACAUUGACAGUGGAUUCUUUACCGCUUGAGCUACCAGAGAAGUCCUGGUUGGUAGCAUACACUCAGAGAAACACAAACACAUAUAUAAUGACGUGCACCCAUAAAAAUGGCGAUUUUUGUCACUUGGGACCACUUGGAUGAAUGUAGAGAAUAUUAUGACUCCUGUUACCUGAGGAAUAAGCCCAGAAGAGGAGGAAAGUGAAAGAAAAAGUGUCAGGAAUGGCUCUUUCUCAGACACAGUUGACCAUCGAGGAUGUGGACAUCAAGUUCACUCCAGAGGAGUGGGAAUGCCUUGACCCUGCUCAGAGGGCCUUGUACUGGGACGUGAUGGUGGAGACCUACAGGAACCUGCUGUCUGUGGAUGUGUCUUGUAUAGAUAUGACCAUGAAAUUACAAGCAAAAGGGAACAGUGGAAAAGGAGAACUUUUUCAAAGAGUGAUAUUUAGGAGAGUAGAAACUUGUGAAAUUAAAGAUUUUUUCCUCAGGAAGAUACAGGAAAAUGUGGAUGUUUGGGACAGUCUGUGGACAGAUAGUGAAAGAAGAGACAACGGAAUAUCUAUAUCUCAUAACAAAAAUCUCACGGAUGGAAGAGAUCAUCAGAGUAGAAAUGAUGCAGGAGAUAAGCCUGUUGAAAGGCUCGGAUCAAGCUUUCAUGAUGAAUUGCAGAUGCUUCAGUCUGAAGGGACAAUUUUUGAAUGUAGUCAAGUUGUGACGAAUAUCAACAGUAGCACCUCAAUUUUGCCAAUUCAGAGAACUCAUAGUGUCCGCAAAGGCAAUUCUCAUAAAAAUGAGUGUGCUGUUAUGCAUCCCUCAGAACAGGCCCCAGACCCAGAAGUACACAAGAAAAAAUCUUACAAAAGUAAUGAGUGUGGCAUAACCAUUCUUCAGGACUCAGAACUCACUAGACAUCAAAGAAUCCAUACAGGAAGAUUACCAUAUAAAGCUGACGUAUGUGGCAAGGCGUUUAAUGAUAAUGUGAGCUUUGAAGUUCAUCAGAGAAAUCGUACUGGAGAGAAAGCAUAUAAAUGUGAUGUAUGUAGCCACAGCUUUAAACAGAACACAGCCCUUCAAAUUCAUCUGAGAGUUCAUACUGGAGAGAGAGCAUAUAAAUGUAAUGUAUUUGGCUACUGCUUUAAGCACAAUGCACACCUUCAAAAUCAUGGGAGAACUCAUACAGGAUAGAAACCAUAUAAAUGUGAUGUGUGUGCAAAGGCCUUUACUUGCGAAGAAAGCCGGGCACUUCAUCUGCUCCUUCAUACUGGAGAGAAACCAUAUAAAUGUGAUGUACAUGGUAAGGCCUUUAGUGUAAAUGGAGGCCUUGCAUCUCAUCAAAAAAUUCAUACCAAAAAUAAACCAUAAAAAUGUGAUGUAUGUGGCAAGGCCUUUAGAGUAAAAGGAAGCCUUACAUCUCAUCAGAAAAUUCAUACUGGAUAGAAAGCAUAUAGAUGUGAUGUAUGUGACAAGGUCUUUAAUUUCAAAUGAGCCUUAACUCUCCAUCAGGCAGUUCAUACAGGAGAGAAAGCACAUAAAUGUAUCUAUGGGGCAAAGUCUUCAAUUCCAGCUGUUACUUUGCAGUUCAUUGGAGAACUCAUAUUCUAGAGAUGUUUGUGGCAAGGCCUUUAGUCAAACUGCAAACCUUGAGGUUCAUCGGAAAAUUCAUUCUGGAGAGAAAGCAUAUGAAUGUGUUGUCUGUGGCAAGGCCUUUAGUCAUAUUGGUAAGCUUGCAGUUUAUCCAGAAUUCAUACUGGAGAGAAACAUAUAAAUGUGUUGCAUGUAGCUGAUCCUUUACUUGAAGUGCACAACAUGGAAUUCAUCAGAGAACUAAUACUGGAGAGAAAACAUAAAUGUGAUCUCAAAAAUCUAAACACAAACCUUGUGGUUCAUCAGAGAAUUUAUAUUAGAGAGAAACCUUACAGUUGAAACAAUGGUUACAAACUUUAGUGCUCAGUCAGCCUUAAUGGAGAGAAAGCACGGAAAUGUGAUGUAUGUGGCCAGUGUUUUACUUGAAAUGACCAUCAUAGGAAGCAUCAGAUAAUUCAUAGUGGAGAAAACUGUUACAAAUGGAACAAUUGUGAGAAGCAUUUUAUUGCAACUGUAAUGAGUGUGGCAAAGCCUUUAAUCUGAGUUCAGGCCUUAUAAUUCAUCAGAGAAUUCAUACUGUAUAGAAAGCGUACAAAUGAAAUGAAUGUGGCAAAGCUUCUAGUUCACGUUCAGCCUUAACUGACCAUUCAACAGUUUAUACAGGAGAGAGCCACAUAAGUGGAAUUUAUAUGACAAAGCCUCCAGUCACAAGGAUCAUCUGAGAAUCAGUACUGCAGUGAAAACAUACAAAUGUAGUGACUGAAGUAAAGUACGGAAAAUUUUUGACCUUCCGAAAAGUCAAACUGGAGGAAACUGCACAAAUGUGGUCGAUGUGGGCAAAGGCUUGAUUCUGUAUUCAAAUCUAACUAAUCCUCAGGUAAUUAAUUCUGAAUUGAAUCUUACCCACGUAGUACAUGUGGUAAGUCUUUUGGACGGCAUUCAGUUUUUUAGAAAAACAAGAAAAAGUGCCUACUGGCAAGAUUCCAUACAUUCAGAGCACAGUCAAUCCCUCCAGUGGAGGGAAUCAUGUAAAUGUGUGCAGCCAGGAUUUCAAUAACAGGCUGAUCAUUCCCAUCAUCAGAGAAUUCAUAAUGCAAAGAAAUCUUUGCAAAUAUGAGUGUGGCAAAUCCUUCAGGUGGCAUACUGGCCUAAAAAGUCAUCAGGUGACCCAUACUAGAGAGGAUUUCCAAAGAUAAUCAAUGUGGCCAGGCUUUUUGUUUACACCUUAGGCUUCUUGAGAAUAUUCACACUAGAUAAAAAUUGUAUCAAUGUAAUAAGUGUGUCGGGUUUUUAGGCAGCAAUCCAAAUUCAGGCUUCAGUAAAGAAGUCAUUUUGCAGAGAAAGCUUACAAGUGACAUGAGUAUGUAAAACCUUUACUCGGGGUCACAUCUCACCAACCAUCAGAUCAUCCAUACUACAGAGAAGCUUACUAGUGCAGAAUAUGUGGCAAGGCUCUUAGGUGCUCCCUGUAUCUCAGUGUUCAGCAAAUACUUUAUACUUAGAAAUGCAACUUUUAUGGCAGUUGUCACAAUUACUGCUCCCUCUUUAGGUAUCUAAGAACAUAUAUCCUGUAGAUAAACCACACAAAUACAAUAUCUGUGGAAAGAAUUUUACCCAAACAUCAAAGUUGGGAAAGAUUCUGGAGCAAUGCUUUACAAAUACAAUGGAGGUGGAGAAAGUUUCAGCUUGAGUUGAAGUAUUAGACAACAAGACUCCAUAGUAAAGAGGAGUCUUGGAAUUGGAUGGCAAAGGCCUUUCUGCAGGCUUCAGAGUACACUAGGCUUCAGAAUAUAUGUUUCAGAGAAACCACACAGAAGUAAUGUGCUCACUAAAGCCUUAAGGCAAAGAUCAAAAUGAUGGAACCUGAGAGGGCAAGCUUACAGAAGUAAUGAAUUUUUUCAUGAGAUAUUCACACCUUGGGUGUGAUUUAUGCAGGCCAGAAACUACAGAUACACUGAAUUUGGAAAUACAUUUAAGAAAACAUAUUUCCUCAAGAUUCCCCCCAAGAUUCAUAUCGGGGAGAAUCCUUAGAAUUGUAAUGACUUUCGUAAAAUUUUGGGACAGUUCUUACAACAGAUCACAUGAGAUGAUUCAUUUUAGGAAUAAAUAAAUCUUUAGUUUUCCAACAAUUAACCUCCUGUGUUAUGGCAAUAUAAUUAUGUUAAGUAUGUUGAAACUUCAUGACCUGUGGAAAUAAUCGCUAAUCUUCAGUGUAUAUUUAAUUACUUAAGUUUUCUUGAGAAGGUGACGUUAUUUUUUAUGACAUUUCCGCAAGGUUUGAAAACUUUUAUAGCUUUCUUAGGGAUUUUCAUGAUGGCCUCUGCAAAGAAAUCAGUAAGAUGAAGGGGCAGACUUCAUUAGGUGUGUUUCAUUAAUAUCCAUCUUUCAUGGGUAAACAGGGAUACUAAAAUAUCGAAUUCAAUGGUGUGUGAAGUAGGAUCAGUGAGGGACAGGGAACCAUGUCAAACCAUGACAUGAGUCAGCAUGCUCAUUAUGUUCAGGAUGCCCUUCUGUACACAGGCCACCGUGAUUAUAGGACUGAAUGAUGUACCAUCUGCCUAUGCAAAGAGCAUAUGCAAAGAGCAACCUGGACAUUAAGGGACUUGGGCUUUUCAUGGGAGGGGAGUUGACAGGUUAUUGAAGACUGAUUAUGUGGAGAAAUUAUAGCAGGAAAAUGCUGGUCAUUUUCUCCCUUAACUGGCAGUUGCCAUUGCAUAUAAAUGAUUAAUGGAAACUUCUUGGAAGUUGAAGAGAAAUGGGAUCAAAAGAACCAGAGAAGUAUGCGUGUGUAUCUGUUUCAUCACUGAUUGCUGCCAUUUAUGUUGUACUUCUGUUUUCUUCAGAAUGUAUCCUAAGUCUUGUGAUCUAAUAAAAUUUGUAUCAUUUUCCCCAUAA